AUGGACGAGCCGUCUACCAGCGUCAACUCCGCAACGUGCAUGUUGAACCAGGCGAUGACGGGGAUCCAGGUCGCAAAACCGACCAAUUUCCAGGCCGUGGCUCUAGCAUGCCCGGACUGCGGUAUUGGUAGGCGCGACCAUAUCGAACCCGAGGUCAUCGGUGCAUUGGAGGCCCCUUGGAGGCGGCGGAUGGCGCGGGAAUCGAGGUGCAAUGACCCUUGUUGUGAGGUCCGAGGUUGA